UGCAAGUAUAAAUGCAGGGAGGUGAGAUGCCCUUGCCAAAGCGCAGCCCUGCACUGGAGGAAUUGCCCUCAGCUCUCCCCAGCCCUGCAGCUGCCAUCAAGGGUGUCAUCCAGUUCCUAGAGGAAGAAAUUUAAACUCUAGAAAUCCUACUGAGAUGGGGAAAAUCAUCCUUUAUGAGCGUUCCGGCUUCCAGGGUUUAUCCAAAGAAUUCACCUCUGAUAUUGCCAAUCUAAGAGAUGCAGAUUGGAAUGAUCUUGCCUCCUCUGCAAAAGUAAUUGGCCAGCCUUGGGUGGCUUAUGAGCAUUCAAACUAUGGAGGCCAGUUUCUGGUGCUUGAGGAGGGAGACCAUAGCUUUCUUGGUUCCAGGAUGAAUAACAAGGUCAGUUCUCUGCAGAUGAUCACUGAAGAUCUGAGCAAUCCUGAGAUCACUCUCUAUGAGCAUACCAACUACCUGGGGAAGAGCAGGGUGGUAAGAGAAGCCACCAACCUGGCUGCGGGACACGACAAUGACAUCAUGUCUUCCCACAAAGUCCAGAGAGGUGCCUGGCUGCUGUGUGAGCACAGUGAUGGAAGUGGAAUUCAAUACCUUGCUCGAGAACGUGAAAACCUUCCAAAUUACAAGGCAAUCAAUUUCAAUGACAAGCUUUCCUUCCUGCGUCCCCUUCGCCCUGGCCGCUCCUAUUAGAAUGCAAAUCCUCCAAAGCUGAGGAAAGAUGCAACACCAGCAAGAAAUUUGAGACCAAGUUCUCUGCCUCUGCUUUUGUCACUUUCUUUGUGAAUUGUUUUAAAAUGCCCUUUUGAUACCAUGGCUUCUGCUAUUGUCUCUAAUCCAUUUUGUGCUGGUGCCAUUAAAGAAGCUCUUGCAAGCAACAA